AUGGUGGAGACUGCAAUUAAGUCUAAUGAGGUGCCAGAAAAAACACCAGUAAUGAUUGAAACGCUUAAUAAAGUUUGGGAAUCACAAUUGGAUAUUGAGUUUAGAAUUUUGGUGCUUGACUUGAUUUUCCAUAUGUUGGAUGCUGAUUUGCAAAUUGAGAAGAAGGGGUCGCAGAAUUUGGCUUUGAAGUGCUUUCGAUAUGCCAGGUUUUUAUACCUUUUGUUAGUUUGGUUUUCACAUAUGGACAUAGGUUUCCUUACGUGUUUGAUCAAAUUGGAACGCCUUGCCCAAGUUGCACAGAUUUUUAAUAAUCUUUUAUCGAAGAAAACUACUCUUGUUGCCUAUCAACAUGCUUUUGAUCCUUACGAAAAUGCACCUCAAGAGUUUUUGGAACAACUCAAAGAACUUUUAUUCAAAAAAGAAGAUUCUCCAGAAAAUGAAGAAACAAAGCCUUCCCCAGAAAAUAAUAAUUUAAAAUCAAUCCUUAGCGGUGAAGAAACGAUUAAGCAUCACAUGCAAUUUUUGAUAAAGAAUAACCACACGGAUAUGUUGAUUUUGAAGAAUAUAAAAGAUGUAGUCCGAGGAUCGUGUGCUCAUAAUGCUACUGUUAUUGCCAAUGAGAAUUUGGAUUGGAUUUCUGAAGCGACCAAUUGGAAUAAAUUCAAUGCUGUUGCAUCACUUGGGUUGAUUCAUAAGUGA